GAUAUCGGAGGGAAGCACGCACACGGGGUUCGAGGGAGCAACGGGGAGUUAUUGUAUUUACAGCCUUUUCACUGUAAAUAAAGAGCACUGUUUGCAUCGCAGAGUCUGCGUUUUGGGUCCUCCUUUCCCCACAUCCCCACGGUCUGCCAGCCAGCCCGUGACAACGGUUGGGAUUAGGUUUAUAUUCUGGAGGUUGGACGGGAUUACGCAGCGCAAUUCCCCGUGCUGCGCGGUGCUCUCUGGGAUUCACCACACGGCAUUUCUCAGUUUCCACGAACUGAUCGACGAUCCCUCCCACACCCCGCGGUCCUCCUGAGAUACACUAGCUAUAUGGAAACAUGGCCAACGUUCCGCAGAUCGUGAAAAUUGGGAUUUCACUGAAGAUGCUUCCUAACAACACAGCCGUGUACUUCAAAUCCGACGGGACCCGGUUCGGACAGACCCGAACCAUCAAGCUUCUGACCGGGUCGAAGUACAAAAUCGAGGUGGUUGUUAAACCAGGAGCGGUCGAGGCCACGUCAAUGAGCGUGGGUGGGGUGACCUUCCCCCUGGAGCAGCAGUCUAAAGACCCACAGUCUGUGGUCUAUACUGGCCUGUACGAGACAGAAGGUGUGGCACAUACCAAAAGUGGAGAGAGGCAACCAGUUCAGGUCAGCAUACAGGUGAUCUUGGACUCUCAAAUGGAAUCGCAAAUCUCAAGAAGACCUUCUUUCUUAGACUUCAGUGAGAUCCAUGGACUAUCCCAUUGUUUUGAAUAUCCAUUCACAGAGGCGGGAAUGUUUGAAACGGUGUGGCAGGUGAAGUACUACAACUACAACAAGAGGGAUCACUGCCAGUGGGGAAACAGCUUCAACAGCAUUGAAUACGAAUGCAAACCCAACGACACGCGUACGCUCAUGUGGGUCAACAAAGAGAUGUUUGUGUGAUGGUCUGAAAGAUUUUUAAAAUCAUCUGCAUGUUGUUUUGAAAUGAAGACAAUUCUGUGGUUUUACUCUGUUUUCUGUCUGUCUGCAAUCUGCCAAUAUCGGAAAAACUAAAGGUAUUUGAAGAGAAAAUGCAGGAUUUCCCUCCAUUAUGCCCUCAAGAAUGUGUUCAGGCUCCUGCUAAUUCAUUUCUAAUGGUUUGAAAUAUAAAAUGCAGUGAUGUUUCCAGUCUUUUCGCAUUUAUUGAGGCUAAAAUUAAAUGAAGUUUUAUGAGGCAAAUAUUUUUUUUCACAUGCAGUUUUUUUGUGACAUCUGGUAAACCCCAAGUGUGACAAGAGUUACAUGUAUGUACAUGGGUGUAUGUGUGUGAGAGUGCCUGUGUGUUUAGUUACAGUAUCUGUUUACAUAUGGUGCUUGUACAGACGUGCAUGUACUUUGAAGCUACUGAACGUCUACAGAGAGUUUCAUUUCAAAAUCCAAACUUUCCACAAAAGGAAACACAGAGCAUUCUAGUGUGGUUAAAGAAAUUCUUCAGACAUGCCUAAAAAUGAAUUACAUCAUUCUCUGUCUGAUUUAACAAGUGCAGUAAUUUAUACAAGAAUCUGUCACUGUAAUAUAAAUUUAGAAUUUAUAUUCAAUUGAAUUCAGCUUCAUUUAUGCUGUGCCAAGGCUGAAGGCUGUUCUUAUUAUCCAAACAGCUGUUUUGUUGGUGCUGUUGCCAUUUUAAGUCAUUAUUGACUGCUUCUAUGCAAACUUUGGUUAGUUGUUGUUACCCAAAAUCAUAACUGUCUUGUUUGAUAAAUGUUUUCAGCCCAUAUCAUUUUGCAAUGGAUUGAACUUGUGAGUCUUGUGAGUCAGCAACCAUGAAAUUAUCUAAACUUUGCUGUCACACUUCGAGUGAUUUUUAAAAUAGUCCCAAUUUUGGAAUGAAACCCUCAGGGUAGUGUUGUGGAUCAGUGUGUUUUAUCAUUUGUGUAAUACAGUGUGGCAAAUAGGAGUUUUGGAUUUGGGUGAAGUUGUGCCCCUGUCUAGUGUAUGUUUAUUCUCUCUACCUCUAACAGUGGUCCUUGCCACGGAUAUUUGUGCGUAAAGACAAAUAAUUUAUUUGGAAUAUUUGGACCAUUUUGUUCUAUUUAAUGUGGUAAAUAUAUGAUAUUUAAAAAAAUGUAUUUUUGUACAGUGAGUGGACCAUGUGAAAUGUUUUUACGUUACUGUGUGUACUUUGUAGAAAUGACAACUAUUUUCAAUUAAAUACUUUACUUACCUAUGCAAGAAA